AUGGGAAAGAUCAACCCGAAGUAUCAGAAGACCAGAGCAGUAGCCAAAGAGGUGGGGGAGCUCCUCCCCGAACUUAGACCUGGGGGCACAUACGAAAAGCUGGAUAUCCGUGGGCCCGCCUCUAGCGGGGGCGUCGAUUCCGAAUUCUACCAACGAGGCGUCAAGGGUCGAGGUUCAGAAAGAAAACCCAAUGACGUAGCUGUUGUGGUGAAUGACCAAAUAGCUCGCUUGAAGGUAGACGGGGAUCAUUGGGCACGUGUGGAUCGAUACGGGUUAUGGGUUCGUCUCCGUGGAGUGAAGGGUUCCACGUCGAAAGCGCUUCGCCAAACGUUGGAACAGGAGGGGAAAAUCCAUCUCUGUCGCGAGCAGCGGUGUCCGCUUGAAUUGCAACCAACACCCGGUCUACAUUGCAAAGCUUACGCUUCGGUGGAUGCCAAUGGGCUGGUGGAUUUGGGAGCUUAUGCAGGGUGGUCCACCCGCAGGGUGAUCGUCUUGAUGGGUCGAUGGCUACGUAGAAUGGUGCGGGGGCUUAGUCUCUGCGUGUACUAUCUGACGGGAUGGUUCAUUCUCAGACAACUCUGGGCAAAGCGGACGCCACCCAGAACCAUAGUCGAAGGAGCCGUCGUCAGACCCUUGGAUGCGGAAUCUGAAUCUGAAGUAGAGGUACAAGAUGACCCUUGUGAGGCCGUAUUCGUCGGUUUGGAACAUGGAGGCAAACCGAGAGCAUUGGCCACAGACCCAUGUGCAGAUCGGGCUAUCGGAGAGCCGGUCCGGCUCCUGGAGAGGGACAGAGAACUCUCUGACGUCAAAAGGAGAUCCUCCGUCAGGCUUUGCGACCAUCAUCGGCAGUUCUACGUGGCGGCAUGUUCAAGCCGAAAAUGCAGCGUGUUGGCUUGCUACGAACAGGUUGAUGGUGCCAAACAGGGAGUUCCCCUCUGCAAGCACCACCUGACGGACCUUGGUGGUUGUGCUCGCCCUACCCGCAGGGUUAGCUGGACACAUGAGAGAGAUAGCUCCAUUGCACGAUCCGAGGCAUCUAUGUCCGAAGGAGAAUGCCUCACCCCUGCACGAAGAAGCCGCCGGAUCAUCUUUGACGGCGCUGAACGACUUGGGCCCAGGGCUGCUUCGGCCGAUCCUAGUGAAUCCCAGAAGAAGAUUGAAGGCAAGCUUGAGAAGGGCCCGUGCAUGGUGCUCCUCAGACCAAAGUCAUUACAAACCGCGGAGGCCCCACCCAGGUGGACUGCAUGGUUGGGGCGCAUCGAGGGGUUCGCCGAAGAAGGGCGCAGCCAGGAGCUGCUCGAAGUCCACAUCCCUUCCUUGAAGCAAACGUGUGUGAUCCACAGAAGGCUGUUGAAAGGGUCCCCUCGAGACAACGGGGCGGGUCGAAUUAGUAAGCAUUGGGUGCAGAAGUUCCUUCAGCAUACCCAUGACGAAGAAGUCGGCCAAGGGAUAUCGGUCUUGGUCGCGCGCCUGUCCGAAGACCAAGCAGCGGCCCUGAAUGGGAGACUCUACCGGGAGAUCCUCCCACAUGCUGAUGCAUAUUUGCGUGAAGAAGCUGAGAUGUCCGACGACUUUAUGACACCGCCAAAGCCGAAAGUCGAGCUGGAAGAGGGUGCGGGACCGGCGAUUCCACCCUUCCCAGACCUAGAUGAUUCAGAUCGCCAGGGAAGAAUGGAGGCGGCUCGAAGAGCUCUUGACCAGCACAUUGAGGGAGAGAUAGAUUCCGAAGUGUUGCAGACCGUGGCCACUGCCUUCGACCUAGAUCAUGAGCAACUGGCUCAGUCGAUGUAUGCGAGGAAUCACCGCCUUAGCUACUCGAAGCCAACGACACCACCAGGAUUGGGAGCCGACCAAAGCGAAAUGGAGUUUGCAAGAAGACCCGUGACGGCAACUAUGCCAGGAGGAGUGACCGUAAAGCCAGCAGUCCCCCGGCCGGCGAAUCCACUUCUGCCGAGGAGCUCCUCCUCAAUCUCCCCGGUCCAGAGAGGUGGAUUGUCGCUCUUUCCCAAGGGGUCAGGCGGUCGAAACAGUCUCGUGAAACCAGCAUCGGAGCAGAUGCCGGAGGGCAGAGCAGGAGCCACGUUCGGAGAAGCCCUCGGAGACAGCACACAAGUCCAGAGCGCGGACCGCAUCAUUCACGCCAUCGACGGUCUGAGAAGAGCACAGGAUGACGACAAAAACCUCACGAAAGGGACCUUGAGUUCUAUCAAAGAGGCGGAGAAGAUGGACGUCUUCCUGGCACGAGGCUGUGGCACCCUGACCGUUGAACUCGCACCGGGAGUGUACGGGAAGGAACUUUUCCACGCGGGGAAAAGGGUGGCAAAUCACGCUCGCCAUAUGCUGCACUUGAUCAAAUGGCCGGUGCUGAUGACCAACAGGGUCCUACUUGGCAUCGCUGGUCUGUGGUGGGGUGGCAAAGACACCUAUACCUUGCACGCAAGUGACUGCGUUACCGCUCGGUCCGAGCAGUUGGACAGUUGGAAUCCGUCCUCCGACAACAAGAUCGAAAAUCGCAUGAGACCACCAGGAGUCUUCAACACUUGGCUCAGGUACGCGGAAAACUCAGUUCGCGAACUUGUCGCGGCUUGGUGCGAAGAACUGCGAGAAAGCAGAAGGAAACUCUGCUCUCUGCUGGGGACCGAAAAUCCACGGCUUGAAGACCUGAAGCUGCUAGCUUUGGCGCCGGGAGCGGAUGGGCAAGCAAACUUCCAGUUUCCAAGCAUAUGGGAUCUGGGCGACCCGAACGGAUAUUACCAGACAGUUGUGGUACCCAGGCAGCAAAGGCAAAUGUCGAGGCUGCUCCACAAGCAGCUGCACGACCACAACCUCAAGCAGAAGAAGACAGCUGGUCCAGCUGAAGAUGAAGAGCCAAGGACAGGGAAAGCCCCAAAGCUUAACCUGAAAGACAAAGAGGCCGAUGGAUAUGCGGGCGGCAGCAUGAAAUCAGCCUACCCAGCUGGAAAACGGCUUACACAAGGAGAAGCUUCACGGUCCGUGGAGCACGCACCUAAGGAUCCCAAGACCAACAAACCUAUCUGCUGGGAUGCGGCCACACACAUGGGAUGCACAAGAGGCGACAAGUGCCAGCACGCGCACGAGCCUUUGCCGGGAUUGGCCAAACUUGACUACACAGUUGCCAUGCAGGUCAUUCGAAGAGGAGGACUCAAAGGUGGGCCGAAAAUCGAUCCCAAAGAGGUCGACGGAAGGGUCGCUCAGCUGCGAACCCAGGCAGCGGCGGAUAAGGCCGACAAGAUCCAACCUAGCAAGAAAGCGAAAGUCAAGCCCAAGCCAAAGGCCAAAGCUGGGAAGGAAGCUGAGGGUAAAGCUGAAGAAGACAAGGUUGGGAACACCCAGUGGGUCGCACCUGAAGACUAUGAUAUCCCUCUGACCCAUCUCGAGACUGACUUGCAAGAGGCGGUUCAGGGCCCAGAUGAGGGCUGGCUGCGAAUACCCUCACAACCCACUGAGCAAGAAGCCGCUCCGGCUUGGGAUGACCAGAGCCAAGAGGAGCGGGAAAGGCUGAAACGAUGGAAGUCGCUGGAGGAGAAAGGGGUUCUGGCGGCCUUGGAGUCGCCCACGGAUUAUCUCAGGUCCCAUGUGAUUGCACGCAUGAUGGCAGCACAAGAUGAAGGAUAUGAACUGGAGCUGAACCGGUGUCUCGAAGAUGCGGCAGAACAUGGACAUCCCGCGCUCUCUAAGGAAGCCGGACGUCAACUUGAGCUCCUCAAGCACGAGCCAAAAGCGGGUCACCAAGCGGAUGUCGAAUUUACGCCCAUCACAUGGGACGAGGGUAUUGGUCAUGGCCUGUUGAACUUUCAAGGAAACUUGUCGCAUAUCGGCUCAGUCACGGUCCGUGACUACCAGGAUCGCUUGAACGCAAAAGACAGCGAGGUCCCACUGCAAGACGGGCAGUUGGAAGAAGAGCGCCAAUGCCUGCCUCUUCAUGUGGGUGUCGGGUUAGCGUUGGCCGAUGAUCCAUCUGUAGAACUACGAGAGGCCGUAGCCAGAGCCAACCAGUUGAGAAAACAUCUCUGGGAUGAAGCAGUGGAGGCUCACGCACACCUUGGCGAUCCGCCAGCGUGGAUACCUGAGGGCGAGCACUUCUUGCGUCAAAACGUCCAUGAUUGCCUCUAUCCUCACCACGAGAAAGACUACCGCGCCUUGCAAACCCUCACAGGAUCCAUGCUGCAAGGAUACACGUUGGCGGUCCUCAGGAUUUCCUAUUUUGGUCGGUUGGAGGUCGACUUGCUCCACGGAGAUGAUGCUGGCAAUGGGAAGCUAGUUUUCGUUACCAUCCACCGGGGGCAUAUGCGCCUGCUUCUUCCACAACAGCCCCAGCAGCUGUUGGAUCACCUGAGGACUGCAGACAAGGUCACCAGGGAACUUCAGGUUGAACAUUGGAGGGUGAUCUUGGACCAGAGCAAAGUGGAGGAUCAGAUGGUUCCAGCCAAGUCCCCCGCCUGCACAAGAUGCCAGCAACAGCAGCAAAGGCCUUAUCGUGUUGGUGAAGGAUUCCCGUUGCCACCGGCUUCAUUUGAGUCCUGCUUGCAGGAUGAUCCACAGGCUCUUCAAAACAGCGGUGUGCCUCUGCGAAAAAGGCUCGCCUUCGCCUAUGGGCCAAUUGGUCAAGAGGUGUACGCUGGAUGGGCAGGAUGGACCAAGGGGCUUCAGUACCAGGGGAUCCCGUGCGGAGAACCCAUUGAAUACUAUGAGGACCCGAUCGAGCAAAAGGGCUUUAAGCCGCAGCAUGAUACCCGUGACCCGAAGGUCCGAGAACGAUUGCUGGGAUUAGCUGGUGCUCCACCAGGGCCCGAUGUCCCCAACACUUGGCAGCUUGGAGUCGUUUGUACUUCCUUCUGCGACCACCAGCUGAAGAACGGUGGCAGCAGGACCUGGCAACGCCCACAAGGCGACGGCACUCGUCCCUCUGAAGUUCAAGGAAAUGAAGACGCAGAGUUCGCAGCCGAACUUUGUACGGUUCUGGCGGACAACGGAAGAGUCUUCGCAUUGGAGAGUAGCGCGCCGUCGGGCCGCUACCCCAAGAUAUGGGACCUGCCUUGUAUGCAGAGGCUCCGCCGCCGCACCGGCGCAAAAAUUGUCUCUAUGGCUAUGUGCGCUUGGGGUCUGGGACCGCCUGAGACUGAGGAGGGCCUGUUUCAUCGCAAGCAUUCUUGGUGGCUGGUCUCCCCAGAACUCUACCCAUGGGCCUUGUUAUUCCUUGGUAGGCAGUGCCCAGGAGUCGGCCCGACUCACCAGCACGCACCCUUGAAGGGACCCAGUCCAAUUCCUCAAGUACCUCUCACUCGACUGGCACAGCAAUACGCACCAGCUUUGUGUGCAGCCUGGGGUCUGGUAGUCCGAGCAGCCUUUGAAGAAUGGAGCUGGACAACAUAUCUGCAAGAGCACAGCGUGCUCAAAGCCCUAGAGAAAUGUUGGACCGAACUGGACGCACCCCCUUGGCCGGCUGAUCCAGCCAAUACGUUGGAGCGAACCCUUGGCCAACAUUUGGCACCGGUGGUUGCUGGCCAAGCGGAUGGACCAGGCCUCCCACAUGGCUACACCUGUUCAGGAUGCGAACUCCAACAGAUGGUCUACCCUUGUACGUUUUGUGGGGGGGAGGGGUCUGUUUCCGAUCCCGAAAAGCAAGCUGAGGGGCAGGGCACAAGGGCAGGCAGCGUCGACGACGCCAAUGGCCAAAGCACUGCUGAGAAAUACUUGGAGGUAUGCCAGAGUGCUUACAGCAAGGAGGCAGUGAGAAAAGCCACAGAGGCAGGAAAUGCGUUGUUGAGGGCCGCCGGCUCGGUGCCAAGAGCAGCUGAAUUAGUCAACAAAGCGAGGCUGAGGAAGUAUGGGGAACACUUCCAGAAGGCAAAGGAAGGAGCAUUGAAAGGGCUCAGCCCCCUACACGAGCAAUACUUGAAAGACUGUGUGCUCAAGGGCGUGCCCAGCCGAGCUAAGAGUACCCCCAAGAGAGAGAAGGCCCGAAACCACGGCUCCGUCAGGGGGCACGAGGAAGAGAUGCUGCAGAAGGCAUGGAAAGACGCAUCUUAUGGGGCGGUACUUCUGUGUUCCACAGAGACCGAGGACCAAGAAGAAAAUCGGCAAAUCGACCAGAUACUGACCGAGAGCAAGGUGGCCGAGAGCCCUCUCGGCCGAGUGCCCAAGCAAAACCCCGACAGAACCAUCUCAGCGGAAGGUCGUCCCAUCAACGAUAUGCGAGCCAGGAAUGCUUCGGGCUCCAAAUACGACCACCCACCCGCCGCUCAGCCUAGGCACAGAGCAGUGGUCAGGCAAAGCCUUUGGUGGAGGGUGCGACACCCGAAGGUUCCACAGAGGUGUGCGAAACGCGAUGUGCCAAGGGCUUUCAAGUGGCACUUCCUCAAGCCGGGCGAUGUCCCUGAAUUCUGCACGAGGAUUCUAGGUGUGCUGAUCCUGAGUCUGGUGAUGGUGUUCGGUUGGGUAGGAGCGCCAGGGGAGUUCGUGAUAUGGGCCACCGCAGCCCAAAAGCACCACGGGUCGUUCCGACCAUGCCAUCCUCAAUUCAACGAUGUGGUUCCCUACACCAGCCGAUGGCUGAUGGAUGACGGCGUGGUGGUAGAGCCACUAGUGGGGAAUAGGAUCCAGAGAUCCCUGUCAGCAAUGGAUGCAGCUAUGGUAUCAGUCUGGGGCCCUGGAGCCAUCAAUCUCGACAAGCUCGCCGAAGAAGGCACCCCGGCAAAAUCCCAGCUCCUGUGGGGCCUCCACCUAGACUUUGAAGAACAGGUUGUGGUCCUCCCGGAACCGAAGCGAAUAAAGGCGAAGUAUCUCCUAAGAGAGCCUCAGCUUCAAAGGGGGUGCCAACGAGUUCGUACCAAGCUGCUCCGAGAACUGGCAGGGACAGCGCAGUAUUGGGCCGUCUCCGCUCCGGAGAUUGCACCCUAUCUACCAGUCUUUUACAGGCUCCUGCAGCAGGAAGUAGGCGAUCAUGAAUGGGUGAAACCCAGGGGCUCCGAGAGUGAGCUAGAGGCUGCCUGGGCUGAGUUCUGGGAUGCGCUCGAUUGGGUUCGCCUCCAGAUGGAAAAGCCUUGGGGAACCAGUUUCAGAGCAGCUUUCGGCAAGCUCCUGCCGUUAAGGGAAAGGCUCGCACUCCCUGGCAUGGCCGCUUCGGCCCGAUUCGUUGGAGGAGAUGCCACGCUAACCAGGCUCGGAAGCACUGAUUGGAAGGAUAGAUGCUACCACAUGGCGGACAGCAGCAGAUACGUCAGGGCCGUGAGCGAAGUCGUAGGGGGCGGAGAUCACUUGGAGAUCAUCGGAGUGAUGGAGCUUCUGACGUUCAUUGUCCUGGCAGCGGCGCGGAAGGAAACCUGGCAGGGGCAACUGAUCCUUUAUGUGACUGACAACAUGAAUGUCAAAGCAUGGUUACGUACCAGGCGCGCUUCAAACAGAUACGUGAGGGCGCUCUUGCUGCUGCUCCAGCGGCUCGAAGCGGAGAAUAGCUUCACUGUCGAUGGAGCGUACGUCCGUCCCUACCACAAUACUCUCAACGACUGGCUGACAAGGGAGGAUGAAGACAAGGUCCAUGCGGAAAUGGAAAGCAGUGGCUGGACCCGCCUCGAGCUCAAUGAGGACUGGGAAGGACUCCUGCGAGAAGCCAUGCGCCCCACGUUGAAGCUACCAGGGGAGAAGGGCCCGAGUGCAGCUUUAGCCAUUCAGCUGGCCAACGAACAGCAAACCGUGCAUGCCUUCCCCGCCAAGAUCGAACCAAAGCCAUUCAAAGGGGGACUCCACCAAAUCCGGCUAGGGUCGGAACUACUGACGUUCGAGCUGGGGUGGGCCAAGGGCGGAGGAUCGAUCGCAAGCCAGGCGCAAGCUGACUGGAUCGUCUGUGUUCUCACUCAAGACCCAAAAGGGCGGGAGGCAGACAUCCUUCUAAAAACCCUCGCCAGAACUGAUUGGAGAGGACGACUUAUCGUUGACCAGCCCAGGGAGCUCUCUGAAACCAGCCGAAAUCGCCUGAUGCAGCUUCAGGUUCAAUGGGGUCAGGCACAAGUGGUCGACUAUCAGACUUCACACCACGGCAGCUUCUUUGCCAGGGCCAGAAGACUUUGGCUUUUUGGAGGAACGGCCGACGAAAAGGAGAGAGUUCAAGCAUGGCGAGUUGCACAAGUCAACGAGUGUCAGAUGUUACCUCUGCGAUCCGCAGAGGAGUCAGGUAAGGGAUUAUGCCCGCCCGACUACCUUUUCACGAGAGAACCAAACCUCAUCACCACCGGAGACAAGUGGCUUCCAAAACCAGUCGGCCACUUGGUUGACGUGCGCGCCGGCAGCAGGCACCUGGUCCAUAGCACACGGGGCCCAGCUUGCGGACCUAGGCUCACAGGUGAGCGUCUCAAGAUCCCAGGAGGCACCCUGUUGGAAGAUGGGACGGGUCUGGUCCGUCCUCUCCUCCCAGAAGAGGUGUGGGAAAUGCAAGGGGGCCUCGCAGAGGAUUGGCGUUCCGCCGACUCGAAGAGAAAGGAUCGCAUGAUAGCAGCUGCAGUCCGGGAGCCAGGCUGGCAAGUGGCUAUGAGUCUCAUGCAGGCUCUGACUGGAACCGAUGGGAAGGCAGGAGUCCUGGACCCCGAUGAGAUCCAAGCCCACGAGCAACUAGAGGUCUGGCUGCGAGCGUGGGGGAGGAACCCGAAGGCUCCCUCUUCCGAGCUUUUCCUUACUUCGUGGAAAGAGCCACGUGUGGCAGUGGCACCCACUCAUGAGUUCGUGGGAGCGACAACCCAGGCGAAAGCAGGCGGAGGCAAACGCACCACCGUGAAGCCAGCACUCAGUGAAGUGGAGAGGCUGGUCCAGCCCGCAUCCAAAAGAGGCGGGACUACUGGGACCCCCCGCCCCCGAGGAGGGAGCACAGCAGAGCUUGACCAGGUAGCCAUGGAAGCUGUCUUGGCCAAACUGGCUGAUUCAACUCGCAGGGUCUAUGCAUCAGGCUGGAAGCAAUGGGCGUUGUACAAUGCCAGCUCGGGCACUCACCCGUUCCUUGACGGAGAAGAGCGCUCCGCUCGGACUGAAGACGAGCAGAGGUUGAUUCGGUUUGUAGUAUUUCUACAUCAAGUCAUGGGAAGGUCCAUAGGUGGGGUCAGACAAAGGUUGUCAGCCAUUCGUUAUGCACAUGUUGCGGCAGGAUACCCUGAUCCACUGGUCGGGCGACCUCGGUUGUGGGCAGCGGUUGCGGGUCUACAACGUUGGGAAGGCGCCCCAAAACGAAAGCUCCCUGUUACCCCCAACAUGUUGCGAUGGUUGGUCCAGCACUUGAAAAGUAGCGGUUUAUCAGUUGUCGAUCAAACCAUGAUCAAAGGAGCCCUUCUUACAGGUUGGUUUUUCAUGAUGCGGGCCAGUGAACUCUUGCCCAGUAUCAAUGGAGAAGACCCCAUGAAUAGGGCGCUCCGCCCAGCUGAUGUUGCUUUCUUUUCGCAUGGGCAGCCUACCAUAGGCGCCAAGGCCGAUGAAGUCGUAGUGCAGAUUAGAUCUUCAAAAACCGAUCAGUAUGGUAGGGGCCAAACACGGUCACACCACCGCUCCGGUGGAGAUCUCUGCCCUGUUGAAGCCUUAGCCGCGCUACAGGUCCUACAGCCCCAUCGGUGGCGCAGCCCUGAAGACGAGGCGCCUUUGUUCCGCUAUGAAGACGGGACGGGGCUUGACAGAGAGGGCAUCACCCAUUUCAUCAAGAUAGCUGCAUUGGCCGCCGGGUUUCCUGGCGAACUCGCUGGUUCACACUCACUACGUAAGGGGGGAGCCACUGCAUUUUUCGCAAGUACUGGGGACUUAGAAAGGCUUAAGAGGUACGGUGGUUGGUCAUCCGAUGCUGUUCAUGCUUACCUUUAUGAAGAUCAUACCGCUCAGAAAGGGAUUUCAGAAGGGAUGUUGGGUACCAGCCUCAUUACACUCCCCAGCCAAAAAGACCCCGGGGUCCGUAGGCAUCCAGCGGUUGUUCCAACUGAACCCCAAGAGUCCUAUCCUGGUUUAUUGGGGGUCCCUCAAGAUGAGUUAUUCCAUAACAGUCAUGGAGGAUCAAACCCUUUUAGCAGCCCAGUUGCCACGAAGCGAACAUCCAGAGCUCCUCGAGGCUCAAACACCAAUCGUGCAUUUUCGUGGGCACCAGAUCGUAAGGUAUCGUUUGCAGUGAAGGCUGGUGCUAUGGAUGCUACUGAUGAAAGUGCCGAUGGGGGACGAAAGCCAGCAGCUCCAGAUCGAGCCAAUGCAGCGAACCUCUUUGUAGCAGCUCACCCAGGACUAGAUCUUUAUCAAUUCCUGGGUGUUCCACCCGGUGCGACUCCAGCUCAGGUGCUCACCGCAUAUCGUCGCAGGUCCCGUGAGACUCAUCCAGACCGCUUUGCAACUGCUGGGGAAGAUGUCCAGAAAGCCAAAGGAGAGGAGUUUAAGAUGUUGGGAAUGGUCCGAGAGAUCCUCUUGGAUCCACUGAUGGCCACUCAAUACAUGAGGUGGAGACAAGAGCAAAUUGCUGCAAAGCAUGGGCGAGGCCGUUCCCCAGUUGUUCCAGCUGGUGUCUAUGCCAAGCAAGCUUCAUCAUUCCAACAAGCCAGAUCAAGUUUUGAUCGGUCCGGCGCAGGAGCCAGCAGCUCGGGAGGAGCAGGCCGGGAGGGAUAUCCUGGAGGAGGAGCGCAAGGAGGACCGCCCCCAGCCAAAGCCCCUCCUGCUCCAGCAGGGACCGCGCAAAAGCCAAGGAAACCUCCACCGCCCGCGAAUCCGCCUACUCCGAGCUCAAGUGCGAAGCCAAGGAAAGCACCGCCACCAAGAAAUGAUGAUGGGAGGCCCAGAGGACCUACCACCCCACCAAUGCAAAAAAUGGCACCCACGCAAGCUAUUCCAAAGGGAGCACCGCCAACACCGGCCAAGCAUUUCCCCAGGGCGACCCAACCAUACACUGGAGGGGGCAUGGUGGACGAUUUGCGAGUUCCUCGCAUCGCACUGGCAGAUGCAGGGGUGAAACGAUCAGACGCUCCGUCUGAGUCUUGGUGGUCAGAGACGUCAUCCAGAUACAGGGCCCCUUCGAGCUGGUUGGAGCCCGGGUCUGAGCCUUGGGUCGAAGAUGACCUUCCACCGGAGAGCACCGUCCCAGACAACGAGGAUGACUAUGUGUAUGUUGAGGUGGAAGCUGAAGACGAUGACAUGGACAUCCUCCAAGACCACCAAUUCGAUGAAGAAGAUUGGGACGAGCCGGCAUGGGAAGAGCUCCCUGAGGAGGGGACCGGGUCUGAGCAAGUCUUCCAAACCUUCGAUCAAGCCGUGAUGCAAGGACUGCUCCAGUUCAUGGAUUUCGUGAACAGAGGACGGGCCAAGAUGCUGAUUGAAGGUGCUCCACCUAUGACUUCUGUCCCAAAAGAGGUCCGGGAGGCAUGUUUGGGAGACCAUCCGGGGCUUCUAAAAAUGCAUCCCAGCGCAAAAGCAUGGCUAAUGGCAGGGACGAAAGGUGUCGAAUUCAAGAAGCCACCACCUCCUAAGCCUCCCAUGCUUUCGGCUCCCCCAAAGGUGGCUCCGCCGCCACUUCCAAAGCCAGCUCAUCCAGAACAGGUACCUGAGCCAAAGGAGCCGCCGAAAGCCCUAGCCCCCAAACCAGUUCCUCCAGUGCUGAUGCAGAAGACACCAGCACCAAAGAAGCCCCCUCCGCCACUGCCAGCAGCCAACUAUGCCAUGCCGGCAAGAGCUAUGGGACUCGGUUCAGGCGCAACAGCAUCAUCUUCUGAGGGCGCUCCGCCCACUGAGGUGAACCACUUUGGGUUUGACGAGUCUGAAGUCGACUAUGGUGAUGACGAUGAUCGAACCCCUGAGGAGAAGGCAGAAGAUGAGGAGCUGCUCGAGAAGACCAAGACGAAAGUGGAAGCUUUCCUGCGAGCACCCCCAGAGAUGAGGAAGACGCUUCGCUCCCAAGCAUGGAAGCGGUGCAAGAGCAAACUGGAGGAGCUCAACUUUGAGUUCAGCACUCGUCCACUGCCCGAAAUGCACCCAGGCAAAUUCGAGAAGGAUCUCAAGGAUGGCUUCACCUAUGCGGAGGCCAAACAACGCCAAAAGGGCCGGCAACGGGCCGCCCGACAUCAGCGAGCCUUGGCUGAAAUGGAGGGUGCCUCCUUUGAGGAUUUCCCGAAAUCCUGGUCACAUGGGUAUUCCAAGCAAGUCCUGAAGCCGGGUUUCCUCGAAGAGAAGAACAAGGAGCGGGCCCGCCGAAAAGCUACAAAGGCCAACUAUCGAUCCGAUAGAUCACGCAGCACUCCACCACCUCGCCAGUCAGCUGCUCCAGCUGCUGCAUCCAACCAGGCUGAAGCUGAAAGCACGGCCAACUGGGAAGCAGGAAGUCAAUGGCACGACUGGCAAGCGAGACGCAGCAGUGAGUGGCAACGGCAUCAACCAGAUGUCACACAACGGAGAGAUGCAAAUGCCGCAGACGAUGACGACUGGGGCAACUGGACCAGAGAUGGGCAACGAGGCAGCAACCAAGAUGGCUGGUCCAGCUAUGACUAUGGAAACCAUCAGGAUCGACAGUGGAACCAGUGA